CUGCUAGGUCGCAGCCCGCGUGACGCUCGGCCGCUAGCAGACGGCGCUCUUGGCUUCACUGAGCCUUGGCCAAGGGCCACUUGGGCAGAGUGAUGACUGAUGAGGACUCUGAGACCCCUGUCAGCAGAUUGCAGGGCGGGGAGGAGAACGAGCUGCCUGUUAUCCAGCUGUGUGGGCUGGUGGAAGAGCUCAGCUAUGGAAACUCUGCUCUCAAAACUGAGACAGAGAUGUUUGAGAAAUAUUAUAAUAAACUGGAGCCCAGAGAUCAGCGACAUCCACGAUUAUCAGAAAUUAAAAUAUCAGGAGCAGAAUUUGCACAGUUACGAGGUAGGCGUAGAUCCAAAUCCCGCAUAGGUCUGGACUAUGUGGUAGGCCUCAGUUGCGACCAAAAAUGUGAGCUUGUACAAAAGGAACUGGAAGACAUGAAGGAUGAAAUAAGGCACAUGAGAGCAAAUGCUGAACGAGACCUGCAGCAUCAUGAGGCUAUCAUUGAGGAAGCUGAAAUUCGAUGGGCUGAAGUUCAGAGAGCAAUGUAUGAGUUUAAAAAAGAUAUUCUAAAAACCAUAUCCAAGAAGAAAGGGAGUAUUUUGGCCACUCAGAAAGUGAUGAAGUACAUUGAGGACAUGAACCGCCGGAGGGAUAAUAUGAAGGAUAAAUUACGUUUGAAAAAUGUUUCUCUCAAAGUGCAGAGGAAAAAGAUGCUUUUACAGUUGAGGCAGAAGGAAGAGGUGGGCGAGGCUCUCCACGAUGUUGAUUUUCAGCAGCUGAAGAUUGAGAAUGCUCAGUUUUUAGAGACCAUCGAAGCAAAGAAUCAAGAACUGAUCCAGCUAAAGCUGGCGUCUGGAAACACCCUGCAGGUCCUAAACACGUACAAAAGCAAGCUACACCAAGCGAUGGAAGUGUCUGUCAAUCUGGACAAGGAGAUCUUGCUGAGAAAUGAGUUACUUGAAAAAAUUGAAAGAGAAACCCUACAAGUAGAGGAGGACCGGGCCAAGGCCGAGGCUUUGAACCAGAAGCUCCGCAAACAGCUGGCCGAGUUCCGCGCACCGCAGGUGAUGCUGUACGUGCGGGAGAAGGUCUUAAAUGGGGACCUGGAGAAGACCAUCAAGAUGUGGGAAAGGAAAGUGGAGAUUGCAGAGAUGUCCUUAAAAGGCUACCGCAAGGCGUGGAAUAAAAUGAAAACCACCAAUGAGCAGUUGCAGGCAAUUUGCCCCCCUGAGAAAUAGCCAGAGGGAGGCCACGGCUGCAGACCAGAGUGAUCCAUUAAAGUAAUCAGCUCCUUUCCAGUCAAGGGGUCCUCUCACUGUUUCCUGUGCUGCUUGGUGU